UUCCAGAAUGUGCACACACGAUUUACAUCCGUUACAACAAAUGUCCCAAAUAACAGUUCCUUCCAAAAAUGUUCCGUCCAUACGGAGGUAGUCGACAUUGGAAACUCUGAGUGAAGUUGACGCCUCGGGUGUACAUCUUUUCCCGGAGAGAUGGACGUCAGUCACGAAGAUAAAGAGAUGCCUGAAGGUAAUCGUUUAAAUGAAAAAGUUUCAGAAGAGGGAGACCGCUCUAGUGAGGAAAAGGAAGAAGACCACCUGAGCAGAAACAAAGAUGAAGUAGGUGGAGGGGAUAGCGCUUUAGCAGACAAAGGCGCUCUAGGAGGAGAUGAAGGACACAAAGCAGGAUGUGAGGGGGAUGCAGCAACACCAGGCACUGUGCAGAGCAACGAAACAGCAGGUGCAGAAUCCGCUCUUCUCUCAGAAACAACAGAAGAGUUAAUUACAGGUGCACCAGGCGAAGGAGCCACAGAGGCCCCAGCCGUCUCUCAGCCUGACGCAGAGGGAGAUAUUGGUGCUGCAACAGCAGUAACCCCACAAAUGGAGGAGAAAGAUGUGCAGAGCACCACAGAUGAGGGGAUUUCAAGUGGAGAUGCAUCAGACAAACCAGCAGCAGAUACCCUUACUGUGGCUGGACCAGCAGCAGGAGGCGAUAUUGAUGCUGCAACAGAUGCAAUAAAAACCCAAGAGGGCAGAGAUGGAAAGAGGACCAGCAAUGAAGACUUAACAAAAGAAACAACGGAUGAGGAAAUGACAGUUGCGCCAGGCAAAGGAGCCACAGAGGCCACAGUCGUCUCUCAGCCUGACGCAGAGGGAGCUACUGGUGGUGCAACAGCAGUAACCCAACAAAUGGAGGAGAAAGAUGUGCGGGGAACCACAGAUGAGGGGAUUUCAAGUGGAGAUGCAUCAGACAAACCAGCAGCAGAUACCCUUACUGUGGCUGGACCAGCAGCAGGAGGCGAUAUUGAUGCUGCAACAGAUGCAAUAAAAACCCAAGAGGGCAGAGAUGGAAAGAGGACCAGCAAUGAAGACUUAACAAAAGAAACAACGGAUGAGGAAAUGACAGUUGCGCCAGGCAAAGGAGCCACAGAGGCCACAGUCGUCUCUCAGCCUGACGCAGAGGGAGCUACUGGUGGUGCAACAGCAGUAACCCAACAAAUGGAGGAGAAAGAUGUGCGGGGAACCACAGAUGAGGGAAUUUCAAGUGGAGAUGCAUCAGGCAAACCAACAACAGAGACCCUUACUGUGGAAGCAGCAGCAGCAACAGCAGGAAGUGACAUUGGAGGCCUGGAGAGAGAAAUCCCUGAGACUGAGGAGCAGGCCCCUGAUCAGCAGAGAAGAACAGAAGAGGAAAGGAUCGAUCCGAUACCUCCUUCAGCAACAACAUCAAAUCUACACUUUCCGGUGGUGCUGGUUAUAGGAGCAGUGUCUUUCUUAGUGUUAGCUUUGCUUGUAGUCCAGUGGCAGCCUACGGCUGAGCCGAAAAGGCCAAACCUCGACCGCCUGGAAGUGCUCCGGGAGGAGUUGGCGAAGGUCGAGCAGAGCUUCCGCAGCCAGCGGCCAGAGGUUUGGAGGCGCAGCCGCAUACACCUCCAGCGCCACCUAAAGUCCGCCCCGCCCAGCGAGCCCGUCAGCCUGAUCUUGGUGGGAGGCUACAGAGCAGAGAAGACACUGGGGUGCCUCGCUGAACGAUUGGCUAAAGCCUUCUCUUUGGCCCUCAAUGGAUCGGUGCUUCAGGUGGACGGCGCCAGUCUAGCUAACAUGGACCACGACCAGGUGAAGCUAGAUCUGGACAACCAGCUGAGAGAAGCCUUUGAGGGUGACAAGCAAGCUGCCGUAAUCCACCGUCUUGAAGAGCUGCCGCCGAGCUCCUCUCUCAUCUUCUACCGCUACUGUGACCACGAGAACGCUGCCUUCAAGCAUCCUCUCCUGGCCUUCACCGUCCUCCUUCCCCAGGAUGCAGUGGGCCCUGAGUUCAGCAUCAGCCAAGUGGAAGAGUUGGUGCACAGCCACAUCCACAAGAAGUUCCUGACCUCAGAUCAGCCAGACACUUUCGACAGAAUGGAUGUGGACAAGCUGAGUGGGCUGUGGAGCCGCAUCUCGCAUCUCAUACUGCCUGUGAAUAUGGAGGAGCACAUGGAAAGAGGGGGGUGUUAGAAUGAGGGGAUAUGGACUCCUUUAUAAUCUCCAAAUGAAAGAGAAAGUUUGAGCGAUGGAGUGGGAAUGUCAGUCCUACCUCAAAUGUAUCCCUUACAUAUUUGUUGGUCUUUACUGUUUGAGCGAGAGAUGAAUCGUUAUAACUUCACUUGCACUUUUGCUACUAGAAAGGGACACUCAAUACUUUUGAAUAGCUUGAAACGCUAAUUUUAAGAUUUUUUGAGGGGUGUUCUCUUACCAGUUUUUAUCUUGAGGCUGUGUAACAGUAUCAGAUAAAUUAUAAUCGUUGACUUAAAAAUGUGCCUUUUAAAUUAAAUACAUUUGGAAUUA